CGCUAUCAUCUCAAUCUGCGAACCAUUGCUUCAUUCGUUCAUUCGUCAAACCUAUUGCCUCAACUCAACUCUUCUGUGAGUCACUUACCCGUACUCUUUUCACAUACACAGCCAAUUGAAGAAAGCUUUGGACUUUCGUCAACCUCCGUUCUUCCUCUUCCACCCAUACUCUGCUUGCUGGUUAGUUCCCUUUCUUCUUUUCCUUUUCGCUCUCUUCCUCACUUAGAUUACUUCUCCUGUUUUCUUCUCCCCGGUGGCUCUGCUCUGUGGGACAAAAUUCCCACUUCCUCACCAAUAGGCAAUAACCCUCUUCCUGGAGUCUUUCUCUCCUAAUCCCUCCGCCACCCAUUCUUCGGCUCUCAACUCUGAGCUCAUGUCCAAACCACGCUGGCCUCACUACCCAGGCGAAUCUCCUCCCGCUGGAUUUCCAAUUCCAUCGUCUGGGAACCGCUGAUCGAGUUGUGGUAUCCAUAUGAUACGUAGAGCACUGACCUCCCUGGCUUCCUUUCCAGGCAUGCCUUGCAGCUGUUCGACGAAAUGCCUGACUCUUUCCCAGCGCUGUUGGCAGCAGAACUAGGCCAAUUGCCCGAACUGGAAUCCCCUAGCUUCUUCCUCAAGGAAGAUGACCCAUUUGAAUCGAAUUCCUCCACGGUAUUGAACAGAAACCCAUUCGAAUCAGCCCCCGCCGCCAAAUUCUUUUUCUGAAACAAACACCAACUCUUGCUCUUCUUACUUCAAAUAGACUCGCUCCCUGCUUUAAUAUUGCCUUCUAGUUGGCAAAUCCCCUCUAUGAGAUGCAAUCCAUGGUUUCUCCCCCGCUUUGUCCUUCCUUUAUCAUGCGCCUGGCGUGAAUGUGAAUUGAAACUUCAAAUCUUGGCUCAUAACAUGUUCUUGUUCCAUAGGCAUAUCAGUAAUCUUGUUAGAAUGAAUGUUGCAUUUGCCUUUUUAAUUCUGACUCAAACUAGUUCACCUUCUUCGUGUUAUGCCUUCUGCGACAUAUUACCCUUUCUCUAAUUUUACUCUGCUUGAACCCAUGAAACAGAUAUCAUUUUUCACUACUGGCAGACUGCCACCCUCCAACUAGAGGACCAAGAGCAUGCUGUAAACAAAAAUGGCUCUUUCUUUAGUAGCAGGGUAUUCCUACUCGCUUCUCGGUAAGGGUUUCUCAAUCUCCAACAGUCUCCACAACAACCAUAGCCACCACGCACGAGAUGCAACCUUCAUCAGACGUGCGGCCGAGAUUGCCGAUAGCUCAUCUGGGUUCACUUCUCCCCACCCUAAUUUUGGGUGCGUACUAGUUACUCCCUCCGGGAAGGUAGCUGGAGAAGGUUAUCUCUAUGCUCAGGGCACCAGACCAGCGGAAGUUCAGGCAGUUGAAGCUGCAGGUCCCUGGAGCAAAGGUGCAACAGCAUAUCUGAAUAUGGAACCCGGGGAUUGCCAUGGAGACCACACUGCUGCCUCUGCUCUUGUUCAGGCCAAGGUUACAAGGGUGGUGGUUGGAAUGAGGCAUCCAUUGAAACAUCUUCAAGGCAAUGCUAUUCGGGCUCUAAGAAGUGAAGGUUUGCAGGUUGAUGUUCUUGGAGAAGAUUUGCAGAGUAAGAUAAUUGAGGAAGCGAGGAAAUCAUGCCUUGUUGUCAAUACUCCUUUGAUUUACAGGGCUACUUCUCAAGUUCCCUUUUCUUUUCUCAAGUAUGCUAUUACCGCUGAUGGAAAAAUCGCUGCUAGUAGUGGACAUGCAGCGUGGAUAACCAGUAAGGAAUCACGGGCUCGAGUUUUUGAACUCCGUGGUAGUAGUGAUGCUGUUAUUGUCGGAGGAAAUACUGUACGCAGGGAUAAUCCAAGGUUGACGGCUAGGCAUGGUGGGGCUCAUAUGCCUUUGCGGGUUGUAAUGACUCAAUCCCUUGAUCUACCCGAUGAAGCAAAUCUUUGGGAUGUUUCUGAUGUGCCCACCAUGGUUGUAACUCAAAGGGGCGCAAGAAAGAGUUUCCAAAAAAUACUUGCAUCGAAAGGAGUUGAAGUGGUGGAGUUUGAUAUUCUAAAUCCAAGAGACGUUAUGGAAUAUUUUCAUGACCGUGGAUAUCUCUCCAUCAUGUGGGAGUGUGGAGGAAGACUUGCUGCUUCUGCUAUUUCAGACGGUGUGAUACACAAGGUUUAUGCAUUUCUUGCUCCGAAAAUUAUUGGAGGUACGAAUGCACAGUCUCCUGUGGGUGAGCUGGGGAUGGUUGAGAUGACCCAGGCCUUCGAUUUGCUUGACGUUUGCUAUGAGCAGAUUGGCCCAGACAUGCUUAUGAGCGGAUCCCUCCAACCGAUACCAGACCCGACACCUAUCAUCCCAUCAGAGAAUGAGACGUUGGCAAUUGAUCCCACUGUAAACCCUUAUGAACCGAGCAUCAUAUUUUUCUACAAGACAUGGGAUCCUUAUGGAGCAUUUUCAAAUUUUUCUGCACAUUCAAUUAAGAUGCCUGAAGAAAAUGGUGGUAAUGUGACUUGGUCGAGUGUAGAGCACUAUUACCAGGCCAGCAAAUUUAUGGGAGUCAGUGACUCGGGAGCAAAGGACUGUAUUGGGAAGAUAAAAUCGGCUAAGAGUCCUGAAGAAGCAGCAAAAGUUGGGAGGUCAAUGCAAAGGCUGCAUCCUAACCUGGUGAGAGCUGACUGGGAAGAUGUAAAGAUUGAUGUGAUGUACAGUGGAUUAAGGUGCAAAUUCUCAAGUUAUCCUUAUUUGAAAUCAAUGCUACUUGCAACUAGUGGGUCUGUUCUGGUUGAAGCUUCACCGCAUGAUCUUUUCUGGGGUGGGGGCCGGGAAGGGGAGGGCCUAAACUAUCUGGGCAGGCUACUUAUGCGACUGAGAUCCGAGUUCCUCGGUGAAUCUACUACUUCGAGUGAAAGUACUUGCUUAGCUCUUUAAGAACUGAUGUAUGGUGAUCGAUGAUUCAUCCGAACAUGGGGGAAAUGAAGAUGGAUGGCUUGCAGUUCUGUCUUACAUUGUGCUGCAAUAUCUUAAAAUGAACAUUAUAUUUGCAUGAAUCAAUCAGAGAUGUAGUCUAUAGAAGAGAGUAAAAGUUUUCAAGUGAGAGUUGCUAUGUGCAAUUGCAAGUUGUAUCACAGAGGAACACGUAUUCUUUUUCUGAGCAAAUAGAAGGAACACUUUGCGGGUAGAACUUUUUUCUGUCGAAAUGUGGCGGGAAAUUUUGAUUGGCCGCAAGUAGCAACAUGCAUACUUUAGUUAUAGCAAUAUAAAUACCUAGUUUUC